UGUGAACACGCACACACGCACGCACACACACAAAGCCCGUUGCUGCUGCGCUCUGAUACGCACUCGCGCUGUAUAACGGGAAACAGCUUUUAGGCGCGCGAGACGAUACGAGAAGCUCGAAAUGCGCUCUGGAGAGCAAUUGUUAAGGCUCGCGGCACUGCUCGUGCUGCCAUCGUGCUUGUUGUCCUUUAACGUGGACGAGAAGAACGGGAUGUCCUUCAGUGGGCCGAUAGAAGACAUGUUCGGCUACACCGUGCAGCAGUUCGAGAACAGCGAAGGGAAAUGGGUUCUGAUUGGUUCUCCUCUGACGGGACAGCCGGCCCAGCGGACCGGAGACGUCUACAAAUGCCCUGUGGGUCACGGCAGUUCUUCCAGCUGUGUAAAAUUAGACCUGCCUGAAUACACGACAAUCCCAAACAUACACGAAGUCAAAGAGAACAUGACCAUGGGCACGACGCUGGUGGCCGACCCUGACGGGAACGGAUUUCUGGCAUGCGGUCCUCAGUACGGCUACAUGUGUGGAAAUCAGCAGUACAUCACGGGUAUCUGCUCCAACGUCAGCUCCUCCUUCAAGGUGCUCAACUCCAUCGCCCCGACUAUCAGAGAGUGUCAGCAGGACAUGGACAUCGUCAUUGUUCUCGAUGGAUCCAACAGCAUUUUCCCUUGGAAGCACAUCACAGAAUUUCUGGUCAAGUUUCUCAAAAAGAUCGCAAUCCCUCCAGCCAGGGUGGGCAUUGUGUCAUACGGAGAUGACGUCGGUCAUGUUUUUAACCUCAGCGACUUCUCUAACACAGAGGACCUGGUUACAAACGCAUCCAAGAUCCAACAGAGGCGGGGCUUGAAAACCAUGACAGCGCUGGGAAUCGAUACGGCGAGGAAAGAAGCGUUCACUGAGGAGCGUGGAGCCAGACCGGGAGUCAAGAAAGUCAUGGUGAUUGUUACAGAUGGAGAGUCACAUGAUGACUACAGACUGAAAGACGUCGUCCAAGACUGUGAGAAGGACGGGAUCGAGAGGUUCGCCAUCGCUGUUCUUGGUGAUUAUAACCGACAAAAUAAAAGCAAAGCGCAAGUGAAUACGUUCAUUGAACAAAUCAAAUCCAUCGCGAGCAAUAAAACUGAAGAUCAUUUCUUCAACGUGGAAGACGAGCGGGCACUGAUCACCAUCGUCGACGCACUAGGGAGCAAAAUCUUUGCCUUAGAAGCUACAUCUGGGAAUCACACGUCGUCUUUUGAAAUGGAGAUGUCCCAGUCAGGCUUCAGCGCUCACACGUCUAGAGCAGGUGUGAUGCUGGGUGCAGUGGGAGCGUACGAUUGGAACGGUACCGUCGUCAUGCAGUCGGGUAAUCAGUUUGUCGUGCCCAAAAACAACAUCUUUCACAACCCUUUAGUGGAGCGGUACCAAGGCAUGGCCGGAUACGUGGGUUACGACGUGCAGUCGGCGUACACGCCCUCUGGAGUUCUCUACAUCACCGGAGCUCCCAGAUACAACCACACCGGCCGAGUUAUCGUGUACCGCUUCGACGGGGAGAACGUCAUGGUCACGCAGAACCUCGAAGGAGAACAGAUCGGCUCGUACUUCGGAAGCGUCCUCCAAACACUGGAUGUGGAUCAAGACUCGUACACAGACCUCCUGCUGGUGGGAGCUCCCAUGUUCAUGGGGUCUGAGAGAGACGAACAGGGGCAGGUCUACGUCUACAAGCUCAACACGGAGGGCAUGUUUGAACACGAGAUGACCCUGCGGCCGGUAAACCAGACGUGCUGCACGGCGCACUCACGCGCUUCCUGUACGAGUGUGAAUAAGAACGAGCCAUGCGGCGCUCGCUUCGGUACAGCCAUCGCCGCUGUUCCCGACCUCAACCUGGACGGAUUUAACGACGUAGUGAUCGGGUCACCACUGGAGAACGACCACCGGGGGGCGGUGUACAUCUACCACGGCACUGUUCGCACGAUACGAGAAAAAUACGUCCAGCGCAUAGCUGCUGGAGGUGACGGCGAGAAGAUGAAGUUCUUCGGUCAGUCCAUUCACGGAAUCAUGGACUUAAAUGACGAUGGAAUUAUAGACGUCACUAUUGGAGGUAUCGGAGGGGCUGCGCUGUACUGGUCUCGGGACGUUGCCGAACUCCGCGCCAAGAUGAGCUUCGACACCAACAAGAUCAACCUGCAGCAGCCGACCCAGCUGUGCCAAAUGAACGGCAAGGACACGGUGUGUGUGAAAACCAGAGUGUGUUUCACGUACAACAUCAAGUCCGAAAAGGAGACGGACCCGGAGACAUUGAUCCACUACACUCUGACUCUUGAUUCUCUGCGUGCCAUUUCGAGAGCAAGAUUUAAAGAUACGGACGAGAGAAAAAUCCAGAGGAAUGUCACCAUCAGAAGCACUGAAAAGUGCAGUGAAAUCUCCUUCUACAUGUCGGACAAAUUAGACUUUAGGGAUCCUCUGAUGGUGUCUCUGGACUUCGGGUUAGUGGAUACAGACAGCGGCCCAGUGCUGGAUGAAGCUUUACCAACAUCACUCAAUAAAACGCUUGCUUUAGUAGACUGUGGAAAUGAUGAGAAGUGCAUCGCUGAUUUACACCUCCGAGCUUCACCGAACGUCAGCAGCCUUGUCAUUAAGGCCUACCAGGAGAAGUUCUAUGUCAGCAUUAACAUCAGCAACAGCGGAGAUAAUGCGUACAACUCCAAGGUCACACUGAGCACCACGGAAAACAUCAACUACGUCAAAGUGGAGCCUAAAGAGAAAGAUUGCGAGCUGAAUCACGUCAAGGCCGUGUGUGCAGUAGGUUACCCGUUCCUCAAAUCCAACACAUGGGAAGACUUCAAGAUUCUGUUCGACGUCAAUCCAUCUCACAUCCGCAAGGACAUCAUCAUCAACGUCACCGCGACCACCGAUAGCGAAGAGCCGGUGCUUGUGGAUAACUUUGUACAGAUCUCCAUCCCGGUGAAAUAUGAAGCCAGUCUGACGUUCACUGCGAAGAAGAACAUGAAGGAGGAACAUAUCAUCUUGAAGGAGGGAGAAACAGCACCCAUCAUCAACGACACCAGCAUGAUUGGAGAGGAGAUGAACGUUAGUUAUACGAUUGAAAGAGAUGCCGAGACGCACACUCCUCCUCUCAGUCUGACCAUCACGUUUCCGUAUAUGACCCCGGCAGAUAACAUCCUGCUCUACCUGACUCGCCUGACUUCCUCAGCUAAUAUCAGAUGUCAUGCACACAUUAACCCUCAGAAGAUCAGCCAGGGAGUCAAGUUUAUUCGGAAAGCUAAAGCUGAGACACUCAGUGACUAUCUGGUGAGCUGUAAAGAGAAGGCGAACCCCUGCACGUCGUUUAGAUGUGAUAUUCCUCCUGCCAGAUUCAACCAGAUCAACGUCACCUUCAGAGUCUGGAAGCAGACGUUCAUCCUAGGCGAGUUUUCCAGUCUCUUCUUAACGGUUCACGCUAAAUUGGAGAAUAAGGGCAUGGAUUUCUUCCAGUUGAGCAAACGCGACGAAAGCAGAGAGGUGAGUGUGCAGAUCUCAAAAGAGUCCCGAGGUGGAAUUCCUCUAUGGAUCAUCAUCCUCAGUAUCCUCAUAGGACUACUAAUACUCGCACUGGUUAUAUUCUGUCUUUGGAAGUUUGGCUUCUUUAAGAGAAAAUCAGUGGAAGACAUGAAGGAGGAUAUGCAAGACAGCUAAAGGCUCCAGUGUUCAGGUCUGCAGCUUUCAAAAGCCCUCAGGUCAAACUCACACUCACAGACCCACAGAGAUGCUACGCAUUACGGUUUCACAGAAUGGGCCAGAAGUGUCACCAACUUCCACCUGAAGAUCUUGAGACAGAAGAUAUAGUCUACAUUGUUCUGGAUUUUCAGGAUGGCUUCUCAACCUUGAAGGAUGGACUUUGGGUUGUCGUCUUAUUCAUACGCCAUGUUUUAUGCCUUUCGAAAAGCCAGCACAGGAGCUCCGCAUUUUAACAUUGGAAUAAGCUAGUAUGCGUCAUCACUCAAAAACAUGCCUUCUUUUCCCCCAAUAUCAACUUCAGAUGAGCCGACCGACAUAUCAAUCUGGAAUGAUUGACAGUCGUGUAGGUGUUUUAAACCGUACCAUAUUAACAGCCCCGCCCCCUCUCCCUAUCAUAUGCGCCCUCGCCAUCUGUCAUGGUAAAUGGAAAAUGUCUGGAGUUCACUAAUGUGAAAUAAAAUCUUAUCAAUGUAUAUUACACUUGUAUGCAUAGCUAAUAUUAGACAAGUAUAUCGGAAGAUCCUAUCAUACCCUCUCCAUCACAGUUCACACCGGAGCUUCUUUAAUGCAUCUCAGCCUUACCCUCAUGUCCCAGCCACACCAAUGGAGGCCUUUACAUGAAUAAACAUGUUUUCUUUUUUUAAUCACUGUAAAAUAUAUAUAAUUUGAGCUCAAUAUAUAGCUAAUUUUGUUUCCUCAAGGCUAACUUGACUGUUUUUGGCACAUUCCUCUGCUUUUCUGAAGCACUUGACACUGAUAUUCAUCACAUUCUUCACCUAAGUGCUGAGGGAUCUGACUGAUUGUACUGUAACUGUAUAUAAGAGUAAAAUUGUAUAUAAAGCAUUGUUUGCAACAAUACCUGUAAAUUAAUGACUAUCGAAAUGAUCGAUAACCCCUUGUUCCUAGUAAUAAAGGACACACUUUACUGCAAGGUUCCUGGGUGGGGGGUGUUGGGGGGAUUACAUUUAAAAAUUGUAAGUCUGCCCCUAAUUUUUACUUUUUUUUAUCAACGCAUUGUUUUUUUAUUAAGCUACAUUCUGCUGACGAGUUUGCUCAUGAAACAACCUACUAUUAACAAAUGUUAUCCUGUGGACAUGUUUUCCAGUUGUUGUUUCUUUUUUUUUCUUUUUUUUCUUGCCUUAUGAUAUUGUAUAGUUUUUCUAUCAUUGUUUCAGCUCUUGUUUUGGGCUAAACGUGUGCCGAUAACAAGUUGUACAAUCGAUUGCGUUAUUCAGGACAACGACAGCUUCGUGACAUUGAGGUGAGGGGUGUGUGUUUUGAUUAACAGCCACAUUUGGGCUAGAAUUCUUUCCCAAGAAUAAAAAUAGCUAGCCGAUGUAGCGCCACCUGAAGGUCACCUGCUUCCAAAGGUUCGUUUAAUGUUAAAAUGCUACCCAAUAAGAUACGAUGAUGAAAGCAGGAAGAGAAAUCAAUCAUUAUCAAAGAUACCAAAGAUAAGAUACCAAAACUGCUCGGAACGUAGAUCUCGGACACAACUACAGACUUAAGUACAAUUCAGAAGUCAUGCAAGAGUUACAUAUGUGAGGUGUAUAUAUAUUUAUGCAUACACACACACACACAUAUACAUAUAUAUAUAUAUAUAUAUAUAUAUAUAUAUAUAUAUAUACACAUAUUUAUGUUUUUGGACUGUAACAACACUCUAAGGCAAUAUUAAAUGUAUAAAUUUAAAAUAUAAAAAGGUAGCUUUGCCGUCUCACUGUUCCAGGGUCACCAGUUUGAUCCGGUUUGAAGCUUCACAUGCUCUCUGUGUGUUUGUAUGGGUUUCCUUCCACUGUCCAAAAAACUUGCAGAUAGGUGGACUGGCUAUGCUAAAUUACCCCUAGGUGUGUGUGGUGUCCUACAAUGGCCCAGCAUCCCAUCUCUCACCCCGCUGAGUUCUCCUGGUUUGCACUCGACGUUACCAGGCUUGUUACCUCUGCGACCCUUACACAACCCAAAUAAUAGGAUGUGCUGCAUCAAGUGCUAUUCGGCAGCCAUUCACACGCCAAUAUAUCGCCGAUAUACUAGACUCCUGUUGGAUUUAGUUAGAUCCUUGCCAUCUCAUUAUGCCUUACAAUUCAUUUAGAGAAAAAAAAAAACUAUUUCUUUUUUCAGUCUGUAUUUUCUAUACUGAUUUUUUUUUCUGUCUUAAAGGCAGGUGUUUGUGUUUAAAGGUGGGGGUGUAGAAGCUAUUACAAACCCGGUCUCGGCUGCUUCUACUAAAGAAAAUCCGGCAACCUUGGAGGCGAGAAAUAUACAAAGGUAUCUUAGAUCAUCUCAAUAGCAAAGCCAGAAAAUCAACUUAAGGGUGUGCUUAACUCAACUCUACAUACGUGUAACCUUCCCCAAAUUUUGGAUGUUGACUUUUUUAGAAAUAUAAAAGUUCAGCCUUUUAUAAAUAACAGCACACCACAUGACUAGGUACAUCCUUUCUUCAGCUGAAUUGAAUGCUAAAUCAAGCUUCAUUGAUUUUGUGUGUGUGUGUGUUUGUGUGUAUAUACAUAUAUAUAAUUUUAGUUUUUUCCUACAGUGCUAUUGUUUUCUUAUAACAAUAGGUUUUUACAUUUCUCUCAACCAAGUAACUGUAUAACAUCCUUCUUCCGCUCCAUGUCACCAAAUGGUACAGUGUUGCCUAUUAAUCUGACAUAAUUUAUAAAAAAAAAUCAAUUAUGUUUAAUUGAGGUUUCCAACUAGUGUCUUGUACAAUCCAUAGUUGUGAUUUUUCAAACAUCCCGUCUGAGAAUUUGUAAUGUCUAAAAUGUAUCAAUGAUUCAAUUAUUCACAUCUAGAUGUGUGUGUGUGUGUGGGGGGGGGGGGGGGGGGGGGGGGGGUUAGCUGUUUCUGUUAUUGUGGGUUUGUAGCAUUUUUGAUACAGCCUUUUUUUUGUCCACUUUCUUAAAAACCACACAUGCUAUGUUGAAUUAUGUUUUUUUUUAUAUUAUACAUCAGCUCAUCCCCCUUGGCAUCAGCACUCCACUGCUGCAAGCACAUGUAUUAAAGAAAAUAUAGGCACGAUUAAGGCGUGAGGAAGAGAGAUUUAUUGUUUAUAGUCACUGCUGUGAACCAAGUAAUGCACUGGUUUUGUCAUAAUGUGUAUAUAUUCCUCUGGUUAGCAUGGAUUUGAAAAGAAUUGCACAUUCUCUCAGGAACAAUAUGCACAUGAAAUAAAGACGUUUUGUUUUUUAAUGAA